AUGCGCGCCUCGUUGCAGCUGGUGGGCAGCGAAGUGGUGGCCACUGCGAUCGCGGACGCCGGCAACAAGGGCCUCUAUGCGUUGACGGUGCCCGAGAACCUGAGCCCCGGGAACUACUCGGUGAAGGAGGCGGGCGGUAGCGCGAGCUCAAAGGUGAGAAUAGGGGGGCCAAGUACCUUGCUGCUGCUGGAGGCAGACAAAGCCCUCUACAAGCCGGGGCAAACGGCGCGGUUCCGGGCUCUGGCGCUGAGCACGGGGCGCUUGCGGCCCCAGCAGCGGAACUUGACCUUCGAGGUCAGCAGCCCGGAGGGCUUCAAGUUGCUCAAGGCCAGCAGCUCCACGGACGAGACCGGCGUGGCCCAGUUCCAGUUCCCCAUCGCGCAGGAGCCGUUGCUGGGCCCUCACGUGGCGCGGGUACUUGUAGACUCCCCAGUCGCCGGCGCAGGUGCCAUCGCUGAGGCCAACUUUGGCAUCGAAGAGUAUGUGCUGCCACGCUUCGAAGUGUCAGUGGCGAUGGACCAGUCCUACUUGACGGUGGGCAGCAGCGCGCCUUCGAGCCUCACCUUGUCCGGGAAGGUCUCGGCCAACUUCACCUUUGGGGAGCCCGUGUUGGGCACUUGCACCCUGGUGCUUUGGACUCCUUUGCCCUCCUGGGAGGCCCAGCCGAGCAAGGACGGCGGCGUAGAACACAAGAUGCUGGCCAGCCUCGCUGGCCUUACGCUCUUGGAGGGGAAGGCCUCCUUCCAGCUGUCCGUGCCGCGGGACAAGCUGCGCGCGGGCUAUGGCGUCAUCGCGGAGGCCACAGUGGUCUACGCCGCCACAGGGGAGCGCCAAAGUGGCACCGGCUCGGUGUCGGUUCGCUACCAGGGGGACGACCUCAGGGCAGCUGUGAAGGUCACUGACGGCUCUCAGGUCUUCCGGCCGGGUCUGCCCAGCCAGCUGGAGGUGAAGCUGUCGAAGCCAGAUGGUCAGGUGCCCGCCCUGGAGGAUCUCGAGGAGAUGGUCCUGGUCGCGACAAGUUCCACCGUGGACUGGUCCAAGGGGGCUGACCCGGUGCGCAUUCCUUUGGCAGCUGCCAGCUUUAAGGAGGGUCUUCAGGUGGUGGAGGUGCCUAUGGCGAAAGAGAGCCUCAGCUGCUGUGAGACCCCAGUGCGUCCCGGACAACCUGGGACGAGCAUCAGAAGGCCUGCGGGUGCUGCGUGA